AUGACGAAAGAAGCACCGAUGUCGAAGAAACGCGAAACAAAAGCGACCGAGUGUGUGUUCACUGCUGAUAAAGACGACGGCAACAGCAGCAGCAGCAGCGGAAAUUCGCACAGUCGUAAAUGUGCGGCGGCUCAGUUCGACGACGGCGAGAAGAUUGAACUGACGCCUAUGUCACUGACGACGAGCCAUUCAGCGCACUUUGAACCGUCCACGUCUCGAAAUUCGCGCGCGCCCAUCUCGUCGACGCAUUCAUUGGCGACACUUAAUAAUAAUAAUUCGCAAUUGCCGCCAGCGCCACCGCCGCCAUCGGCAGCCAACCUCGAGCCGCUUCACGAGACGACGCCGUUGACCAACGGCGGCACCAAACUCAAGAAAGCGUCAGUACCAGUACCGGAUCCAACCCGACGAUUGCGGCAUCCGCCGACAUAUUCAUAUCCGGUUAGUUUCGUGUACAAAACAUUGUUUUAG